AGAGGGAAAGGGAGAGGGCCCGGAUCGGGGUCGGCGUCAUGGGGAAGUCGGAUUUCCUCAGCCCCAAGGCGAUCGCCAACCGCAUCAAGUCCAAGGGGCUGCAGAAGCUGCGCUGGUACUGCCAGAUGUGCCAGAAGCAGUGCCGGGAUGAGAAUGGCUUCAAAUGUCAUUGCAUGUCUGAGUCCCACCAGAGGCAAUUGCUGCUGGCUUCUGAAAAUCCUCAGCAGUUCAUGGAUUACUUCUCUGAGGAGUUCCGAAAUGAUUUCCUAGAACUGCUCAGGAGGCGAUUUGGAACAAAGAGAGUCCACAAUAAUAUUGUGUACAAUGAAUACAUCAGCCAUCGAGAACACAUCCACAUGAAUGCCACACAGUGGGAGACACUGACUGACUUCACAAAAUGGCUAGGGAGAGAAGGUCUUUGCAAGGUUGAUGAGACUCCCAAAGGCUGGUACAUUCAGUACAUCGACAGGGACCCUGAGACUAUUCGUAGGCAACAAGAGCAAGAGAGGAAGAAGAAACAGGACCUUGAUGAUGAAGAGAAAACUGCUAAGUUCAUUGAACAACAAGUUAGAAGAGGUUUGGAGGGGAAAGAACUGGAAAUGCCUGUCUAUACUGAACUGAACAGAGAAAAUGAAGAAGAAAAAGUUACAUUUAAUUUAAACAAAGGAGCAAGUACUUCAAUCGCAGCAUCUUCUAAAACAAGCAGUGUCCUUGGACAGAAUGCACUGCAGAUGGUGGAGGGGGCAGUUAAAAGAAAAGAAUCAGCUCAUAGCUCUAGUCAGCCCAAAGAGAAGAAGAAGAAAUCUGCACUGGAUGAGAUCAUGGAGCUUGAAGAGGAGAAGAAGAGAACAGCUCGAAGAGACUACUGGUUGCAGCCUGAAAUCAUUGUAAAAAUUGUAACGAAAAAGCUUGGAGAGAAGUAUCACAAGAAGAAGGCAGUUGUUAAGGAAGUGAUUGACAAAUACACAGCGGUCGUGAAGGUGAUUGACUCUGGAGACAAACUGAAGCUUGAUCAGACACAUCUAGAAACUGUAAUACCUGCACCAGGCAAGAAAGUGAUGGUAUUAAAUGGUGGGUACAGGGGAAAUGAAGGCAUCUUGGAAUCCAUCAAUGAAAAGAGGUUCUCAGUGACAAUAACCAUUGACUCUGGACCUUUAAAAGGACGCCGGGUCGAAGAUAUCCAGUAUGAAGAUGUUUCCAAGCUUGCCUGAGGUGCUAAUCAUGGAUCAGAGAAGAUUUUGGUUCCCAAAACCAUCUUUCUGACAUCUUUCAGGCAGACACAAGACUCUACCAUGUCAGGGUUUUAAUUGUGUGUGUAUUUAUAUUGUAUAUAGAAAUUAACAGAAGCAAACUUGAUCUAUUUAAAGAUAGCUAUGGAUUUGUUACAUAAAAUGUUUGUGGAAAUACUAUCAGUGGAGAUUUUUCAUCUGAUUCUAUAUCAAAGUUAUAAUAUUUACUUCAAUUUCCUGUUGUAAAAUAUAGGAGAGAGCUGCAAGCUGGAGUAUUUUAUUUACUGAAGUCUGUGAGCAGGUCCAGAAGAGAGAAUUAGCUACAGGUAGGCAGAGUGUGUCGGAGCCAGUGGAGUUUAAAACAACACCCUUCUCAAUGCACAGCCAAAACGGAGCUCUGGCUGUAGGAACAAGGGAAGGGAUUGGGAGAAUAGCAGGAAGGUACCAGUGCUGCAAGAGAUUAUUCCCUGGAUGCUGCGAGAAUGGUCUGGUUUAUUAAGUGCUGUCACCAGUUUAUUUUUGAUUAGCACACAGGUGGUAGUGGAAUGCAAGUCAUUGCUCCAACGUGUUUGUCAGGGUUCCUGAUAAUAUUAAUAUGCAGUUUAUCUCCAUAUGGACUCUGUAUGGAGUUACUCCAUGGAUGUUACUUGUGGGGUUUCUAGGAUGCCAGGUAAAGCGUGUGGAUGUAGGAGCUGAUGGUUGCUCUCCUGGUUUUCCAGAGCCUUUUCCUUUGUUCAUGCUUCUAUUGUUGCUCUGCUACAUGAGUAACAUUAUUUGUGCUAAAUGAUACAACAUUACUUGUUUUAUUUUUUUAAAAAGUCACAUUUUAUACAGUGUUUAAUUUCUAAGGCACUUCAGGAAUAAACAUAAACCUUUUCUUAGGCCAGUGUCUUUCUUAUCAGCCUUUCAAAUGUGUGAGGCAGCUCUUGGUUUAAAUCCACCAAGGAGCACAGCAAAGUGCAUGGUCGGUGCACCAC